ACCAUUUUUGUUCAGAGCUCCUACAGUCCUUAUCCUACACACAAAAAGGUUAAACAAAAUUUCCGUUUCUGUAUCAUUAAAGUCUCAGUCUGAAACAAUGCAAAAAGAACAGCAGCAGCAGCAGCGGGAACAGCCGAGUGAGAAAGUGGAGCCGCCGAAUCAGUGCCAGUCGCUGCCAGAGAAUGAGAAGAAAAACCAAAGGGCGCUACUGAUCAAGGCCCUCGGGCGUUUCCGACCGGAGGAUGCAACUCCCCUGCAGUUCUACAACUGUGUGCGGGAGGCGUGCAUAAUGCACAACUGCAGCAUUGAUGAGGGCCUGGAACGGGCGGUCAUUAAUUGGCCUAAACUCAGCACCAGACAGCGGAAUCUCUACGAUUCGCAACGGCAUGCGGAGCUGCCCAUUCCCGUGCCGCGUCACCUUGUCUAUCGCGCCUUUGAAAAGGAGCGAAACGGUCUAUGGACAUUGGGACGCUCCGCGGCAUCCACCAAUGGCUCGACCUCGUACACGGUGGAGGCAUACAAGCCAACGCCGAAUCCCAGCAAGCUGCGAGCUCAGCUGAACGCCAAGAAGCCCAAGUACGACAACAUGCGCACCCUGUCGCCCAAGAGUGCCGCCACCCAGAGUCUACCGCCGCAGAAUGUGCGAGUGUCACCGGCUUCUGGUCGAAGGAUACGCACUCUGAUGCCGCCACCACAGCUGCCGAUGUCAGUGGCAAACGUUCAGGUCAGCGGAUCAAAUGCAUCCAAAGGACGCAUCUUGUCGACGGUUAGCAUCGCGCAGAAGACACUGAGAAAACGCAGGCGCCUGAAGAAAAUAACACACAAAAGUGGAACAGUGAUAACCCCCAAACGUUGGAGUUUAUCCAGUUCGGGCAACAAUGCCAAUGCCAACAAAACAACUGAAAACUCUUCCAUGAAGCACAAGAAAAAGCAAAAAUCGAAGAAAACUGUCAAGAAAUCGAUCAAAACCGAUCAAAAGUCAAGUGUGAAAACCAAUUGGCAACUGGCAAUCGGAGGUGUUCGGCAGAAUCUGAAAAAGAAAACCCUUUGAACCCAUAUAAGCCUUUCAAAUUGAAUGUCCAGGAUAAUAGUACAAGGAUCGAAAGUAAAUAUCACAAAAAGCACAAAACAAAUUGCAUGGGACAGCUUCAAUCUAAUUAGAGACUUAAGAACGGGUUUGAAAAGUUGUACAAAUUUCGAAAU